AUGAGUCGCCCAAGUGACGCCAGGCCCCCCUCUCCGCCGCACUCGAAUGAUGGUGACCAUGUCGAUCAUUCUCUGUCACAUCCAGGCCAAGCACUCUACACGCCCCCAAUGGGAAACAUGCCGCUGGCUACAAUGGACGCCCGCUAUGGCCAGUAUGGCGAUCCAUCGCUCUAUCACACUGCGCCACAUCCCGAGUACUAUGAGCAACAACCCACUGCUUACUAUCCGUAUCCUUCACGUCACUACAGCCCGUCGCCCGCACCCCGCGAGGGCAUGCAAACCCGAAGUGGACGAGCUCUGCGAUUUCCCGACAGCCCUGUUGGUGGUCGUCGAGCUCCGUCGCCAAGGAAACGAUUGCCGAGGCGCAAGCCCGGGAAGGCGAAUAAUGUUGGGCACGUCAUCGACAGGCCAUUGAGUGUUACCACUGCAGAUUAUGACAUUCCUGUCAGAGACAUGGACGCAUGGGUCAACCGCUCUGUCGAAGAACGCCUGGCCGAGGCAGCGAAGAAGAAUGGUUACAUCUCUCGACCGAUGAACUCCUUCAUGCUGUAUCGCUCGGCAUAUGCGGAACGUGUGAAGAAGUUCUGCAGCGAGAACAACCAUCAAGUCGUCUCGAAGGUUACUGGUGCAAGCUGGCCUUUGGAGCCCGACGAGAUCCGCAAGAAGUACGAAAGGCUUGCUCUGCUUGAAAGAGACAACCACCAGGCGGCUCAUCCGGAGUACAAGUUUGCGCCCAACAAAGCCGGAAAGAAGCGUGGUCGGGAUGAUGACGUCGAUAGUGACAGUGACGGCGAAUGGGGAGGACGCGGCAAAAGAAGCCGUACUGGCGGUAGUGUUCGACGAGGAGACACCAGGAGCAACACCGGAACACCGUUCGAAGGCGACCAGUGGCCCGGCUACCACUCUCCUGCCCCAUAUGGACACUAUGGCUACCAGCAAAACCCAUCGUCAUAUGCGUAUCAGUACCGGAGCGUGCCAUACCGAUUCAGACACUACCCUGGACAUGGGCAUGUCGAAGAUGUUCAUUUCCGCCAGUACGAGGAUCCGUUUCCAGUCCAGGACAACAUGCAGUCAAUGGUUGGUCUGCCCAACGCAGAUGGUCACCACCUUCUUGGUGAUGCAGGAGCCGGACCUGAGGCGAUGUUGGAUCCGCGACUAGGCGUGGAUCCUGAUUUCGCUCUGCAGAGUGUCGAGGCUCUCGGACGAGCAUCGCAUCAUCAAGAGCCGUUUCAUCCUGGAAACGCCACUUUGGGGGGAUACGAAGCAGGAUCGGACUUCGACCGGGAGUUUCAGCAUUUCAGAGAAUGA